AUGGAUCCGUACGAGUCUCCUUCUGAGGUUUUAAAUAAAAAAAAACAAAAGAGUCAAAAGAAAGGUUAUUCUCUUAUUAUUACAAGUGAAGAAAAAAAUAUAUGUUCAGAAGAAAAAAAUAAUAAAAUGGAAAAUGAGAAAAAAUUAAAAUUUAUUGACAUUUUUGAUGAAGAGCAUGAAUUGGGAAUAAGCAAUGAUGUAAUAAUAAAUAAUAACAAAAUAAAUACAAAUAAAGAACUUGUUAUAAAUAAUUAUGAUAAAAUAAAUGAUCCUAGGGAUAUAAACAAGCAACAUUAUUUAAUAAACAGCUCAAAGGAAAAUGCUCCAAAGGAGAAAUGUUUUUUUAAUAUUUCAAAACGUAAAGGAAACAAGGAUCAUGUACAUUCUUUCCAUCAUAUACAUGAGAAGGAGAAAAUACAUUUGGAUACUCCAUAUAAUAAUAAUAAGAAUAAUGUGAAAGAUGUUAUUAUUUGUGAUGAUAAACAUAUGAAUAGUUAUAAUAAAGAUAUUAUUUCGGAUGAUGAGGAAAAUACUCCCGAUGAUGAGCGUAAUAAUAUCAUAUAUAAUAACCAUUAUGGUGACAUCGAUUAUUAUCCUUACGAUAUGAAUUAUUUACAAAACAAGGUGUUGGAGUUAAAGAUAUUACUAGAUGCUUCUUUAGAAAAGGAAAAAACUCUUUGUGAGGAAAAGAGAAUUAUUGAAAAUAAUUAUAAUAUUGUUAAUAAAAGUAUAGAAGAAAUGAAGAAUGAAAUAAUAAAUAUAACUAAUAUACAUAAUGAAGAAAUUAUAAAGUUAAGGGAAUCUUACGAGAGACGAUUGGAUUUGCUUAAACAAGAAAUCGAUGAGAAAGAUAUAUUUUUUAAGAAAAAAAUAGAAACACAAGAACAAGAGAAUGGUACACAAAUAAAGAAAUAUGAAGAGUUAUAUAGAGAGGAAAAGAAAAAAAAGGAAGAUCUAGAAAAUGUUAUGAAUACAAAUAUGAAAGAGAAAGAAGAUGUAAUAAAAAGAUUGGAGAAAGAGAAAGAAGAUAUCAUAAAAAAAAUGCAACAACAAUGUGAAGAUAAAAUAAACACGAUUCAACAACAAAAUGAAGAUACAAUAAAAAAAAUGCAAGAACAAAAUGAAGAUAAAAUAAACACGAUUCAACAACAAAAUGAAGAUAUAAUAAAAAAAAUGCAACAACAAAAUGAAGAUAAAAUAAACACGAUUCAACAACAAAAUGAAGAUACAAUAAAAAAAAUGCAAGAACAAAAUGAAGAUAAAAUAAACACGAUUCAACAACAAAAUGAAGAUACAAUAAAAAAACUGCAAGAACAAAAUGAAGAUAUAAUCCUUACCAUGAAUAAAGAAAAAGAAGAAGAAUCUAAUCAAAGAAUAAAUGAAUAUAAGAACCUUAUAGAAAGUUAUAAAAAAGAUAAGGAAAAAUAUUGUAACAGCGAAAAAGUAUGGGCACACAAUAUGAAUGAGAGUAAAGAAAAAAUAAACAAUUUAAUAAAUACAUUAAAGGAAUAUAAAGAAGAAAAUAAGAAGCUUCAAAAUAUUAUAAAUCAAAAAAAUGAUACCAUAACUAAUAUAGUUAAUGACAUUUUAGUUGUAAAAAAUGUUUAUGAAGAUUUAAUAAAAGAAAAAGAUAUGAAUGAAAUAGAUAAGAAUAAUCUUAUACAAAAAAUAAAAAAUCAUGAAAAUGAUAUCUUAUCUCUUCAAAAUAAUAUAGAUAAAUUAAAAAAAAGUAAUAAUAAUUUAAAUGAAGAUUUAAGGAAAAAAGAAAAAGUUAUCAUCACAUUGAAAAAUGAAAAUAUGUAUUUAAAAAAAGAAAAUGAGAUAUUUAAUAAUAAUUUCUUAAGUAUCAAGGGAGAAGAUAAAGAUACGAAGUUUAAAAUUUAUUCAACUGAUGUAACUGAUUCAACAAAUGAUCAAGAUGAUAAAACUAAUGAAAACCAUAAAAGAGAUGACACAAAUCAUAUAAGUGAUGAUAAUUAUAUAAAACAUCAGCAAACUAAUAUAGUGGAAGAAAAAAAAAUUAUAAAAAAGGACCUGUUGAAUUCUAAAAUUUUGAAGUUUGGAAAAUAUUUAAAUUAUAACAAUAUCAUAACAGAGGAUGAUUCUUCUGAUCAUGUUGAAGAGAAAAGCACAAGAAAUAAGGAUUUGUCCAAAAAAAAAAAGAAAGAUAAAGAUUUAAAAAAGUAUUUAAAAUGUGAGGAUAUUUCUAAUGACGCAAAAAGGAACCAGAAUAAUGAUAUUGAUUUAAUUAUGGAGAAAAAAUUAUAUAAUGGGCGAACGUCUAAAAACACAAAGGAGGAUAUAAUAAAAAUUGAAAAUUAUAAGGAUAAUAAUGAUCAUAAUAGUGAUAAUAAUAAUGAUAAUAAUAAUGAUCAUAAUAGUGAUAAUAAUAAUGAUAAUAAUAAUAAUGAUCACAAUAAUGAUAAUAAUAAUAAUAAUAAUAAUAAUAAUAAUGAUAAUCACAAUGGACAAUAUUAUAUGUUAUGUAAAGUUGAAGAAAAAAAAAAGGUAGAUCCUUCUUAUUUUUCUUAUUGUUAUUCUUCUUAUUCUUAUUCUUCUUAUCCUUCACAUUCGUCUUAUUCUUAUUCAUCUUAUCCUUCAAUAUGUUCAAAUGAAAAAAAUAAUAAUAUCGUACAUAUUAAUAUAAAUAAAAAAAAAAAAAAAAAAGAUGAAAAAGGUACUAUGAGAAGACGACAUAAAAGUUGUAACGAUUAUUACAAAACAAGAAAUGAUAGUAAUAGUCACAUUAAAAAUAGCAAGAAUAAUAUUAAUAAUAUAAAUAAUAUUAAUAAUCUUCCUCUUCAUUCUUCUAGUUUUAGUGUUUCCUAUAGUCACACAAGUAGUUAUAAUAAACAUAAAAACAUGAAUCAUAUAAUAAAUGAACAAAGUAAAAAGAGGAAUGAAACCCUUUCAACAAAACAAAAUAAACAAAUAAGAAAUGCAGAAUAUAAAUAUGAUGAUAAAGGUUCAUUAAACAAAAUAAAUUACAAGAAUGAAGAAAAAAACAUACAAUUCAAUUUCUCGAAUAACAUACAACAGAUAAAUGAAAAGGAUAAAGUAGAAAACAAGAAUAUUUAUCUAAAUCAAAAUAUACAUAGAAUUAAAUAUAAAAAUCAUAUAGAUUAUGUAGAUAAUUAUAUGGACUCACAUCAAAUAUCACAUAGAAACAUAAAAAAAGAAAACAAUUCUUAUAAUGAUAAUAUACAAAGUCAUGAUAUUUAUAGAAAAGAAUUAUUAAGCAAUAAAUAUUUAUAUGAUAAGAACCUGUAUAAUUAUAAAAAAAAAUACAACAUAUUUAGUUUCAGCAAUAAUCCUAUUGAUGAAGACAAUGAAAUAAAAAAAAGGAUCACUUAUAAUAAUAAGGAUAAUAAUAAUAAUGAUAAUAAAAAUCAUAUGUCCCUUCUUUUAAGAAAUGAGGAAAAUAUAAACACACAACACCCUCUUAACAAUAUCAAAAAAAAUAUCCUUCAUGAAAAUAUAAAAUAUGUACAUCAUCUAGAUAAAAAUGUCCUAGAUAUAAACAAUGUUGAAGAUGAUGAAACUCUUGAAAAAAUACAAUUCAACGGUUCUUUGACAAGACACAAAAUGAGGGAGAAAAGUUUUCAUAUGGACUAUGAGGAAAAGAAGGAAAAUGAUUUUAUGAAUUCAGAUGAACAAAGAUAUAAAAACAUGAAAUAUUAUUUUUCUACUAUUUUGAAAAAAAAACCAAGUUAUAAUAAAUUUAAUAUACAAACUAAUGAUGAUCUAGAUAUUUUAUCACACGAAAAUACAAAUAAAUUAGUAGGUGAUGCAUUUGAAGAAUUAAAAAAAAAAAUAAAAGAUGAAAAGGGAAAUAAGGGUUUUAUAAUAAGUGAUUAUGAUAUGUGUAGAAAUGAGGAUUGUGUGGAUACCAUCAGUGGUACUAUAAAGUAUAACAAGGAUAAUAAUAUGAAUAAUAUGAAUAGUAUAAAUAGUAUGAAUAAUAAAGAUAAUAUUUUAACUUCUCAAUUCUCUUCUUCAAACGUGUCAGAUAAAGACAUGAACCAUUUUGUACAUCCAGAUGACACUAUGAAUAAUGAGAAAAAGAUUUCAAAUAUUAACUCUUAUAUGUUGAAGAAUUAUAAAAAGAAAAGUAAUAUGUAUGGUUUAUUUAUUAUAAAUGAGAGACUCAAAAGUAUUUAUAAGAAUAUAGAAAAUAAAAGAAAAUCUAUAAGUAACCUUCCUCUAUAUAUUCCAAAAGUUCAAGGCACAAAGAAAUGCAACAAUUCAUUUUAUUUAUUAAGAAAUGAGUAUAUAAAUAAUGAAGACAUCAAAGAAUACAAUGGAAUAUUAAUAUCUAAAGACAACCUACCUAAGAACAACAUGAGCAUAAAUCAUUUGAAUAAUAUACCUGAUAAGGAUAAAAAUACUAAUGUGAAUAUUAAUAACUAUGACAAAACGAUAUUUAAAAAGGAUAUGGAAAAUGUUAUGAGAAAGGAGAGUAUGUAUAAAAAUAUAGGAUCAAAUUAUAUAUGCACUAAUAAAGCGCAUAAUAAUAAUAAUAAUAAUAAUAAUAGUAAUAAUAAUAAUAAUAAUAACAAUAGUAAUAGUAAUAAUGAUAAUAAUACAGAUAGUUCUCCUUUUUAUGUGUAUAACAAAAAUAAUGAGGAAGAGAAAAACUUCCAAAUUUAUGAAUAUAUACAAAAUCAUAAUUAUAUUAAAAAUAAGCAAGACAUCAUUAUAUCUAAUGAUAAAUAUUUAGAAAAUAGAACGGUAUGUGUGGAUAUUCUUGAGGAUAAUAUAAAUAAAGGGAAUCAUGAGAAAAUAAAGGAUAUGGAACAUAAGAAAUUAUAUAAAAUUUAUCAUGAGAAUGAUAUGGGAAAAAAUAAGCAAAUCGUAACUCUCAACAAUGGGAACGAUAAUAAUAACACGAACAAUAAUAUUUUAAAAAAAAAUCAUAUUUAUAGUAACAAUAUUAAUAAUAAUAAUAAUAAUAAUUUUUACUCUGAAAAAGAUUGUAGUGAAGAGAACAACAUGUAUUCACCAAAUUCAAAUGAGAAAAAUAACUACAAAGGAGAUGAUAACGAUAUAGAUUUAGAGUAUGAUGAAAUGCUAUAUAAGAAGUAUAUACAAAAAUUAAAAAUAAACAAAAUAAAUAAAUAUAAAGAAGACAAAAAUACUAAGAAUAAUAACAUAAACGAACAAGAUAUAUUACAACACAAUUUUGAUAAUUUCUUAUUAUUAUAUAAAAAUAAAAAGAAGAAAAAAAAAGAAAUGAUAAAUCUAUAUUCUAAUAAAAGUAAUAUAUUGGAAAACAUCAAAAAUGAAAUGACUGAUGAAUAUAGAGAUAUAAACAAUGAUACUUUUAAAGAAGAAAUACAAUGGAAUGAAAAAAAAAAAAAAAAACAAGAAGAUAAUACAUAUACAGAAAAAUUAAAACUAUUAUCAAAUGAUUAUCUUGAUGAAAGAAACCAUAUUUCUAUAAAAAACAAAAAGGAUUUACAAAAAAAAAAAAACCUUAUAGAUUACUAUAACAAAGAAACUAAUGAUGUGGACAAAAAGAUUUUCUUUAAAAAAAUUAUUAAUUCUAAUGAUAUAAUUAAAAAAAUGAUGUUAGAAAAUGAAAAAGAUCAUUUCCUUUUUAACAUAAAAAGGGUAUAA